UGUAUUUACCAACACUAGUAGUAGGUAGUUAUUUGUUUUGUAAAAAAGAUGCAGUUUUCGUGGAUGAAAGUAGCAAUAUAUAUGCUGACGUUCCUGACCUACGCCUACUCUGGGUACGGAUCCAGCACAAUUGUCCACCUCCGAGAUGCGAUUAUUGCUGCAGAGGCCAUCUUUGGUGACGUGUUUAAAAAUCUUAUAACUGUUGUGCGCAAAUUUCGCACAGUCCAUGAGGUGUUCGAUGCAGCUGUUGAGGAGAACUGUAUCUAUCAAUGUCCCUCACCAGAGGGAGGAGGACCGGCUCCACGAGCUGUACAGAAUAAAUUCUAUACACCCACCUCCGAUGGCUGUGGCUCACUGGGCUUAAGGAUUAGCACGGAGUUUUUGCCAGCAGCGGAAAUGGAAACCUGCUGCAAUGCGCAUGAUAUUUGCUAUGAUACCUGUAAUAGCGAUAAAGAACUCUGCGAUCUAGACUUUAAACGAUGUCUCUACAAAUACUGCGACAGCUAUGAGAAAUCAUUGGCAAGUGAUUUGAUGAUGAAGGGUUGCAAGGCGGCCGCCAAGAUGCUCUUCACCGGCACACUGACCCUAGGCUGUCGAUCGUACUUGGAUUCGCAAAAACGCUCCUGCUAUUGUGCGCCAGUUAAAAGUGGCAAUUCGAGAUACGCGAACAGUAAGGAGAGACCACAGCAGGCGGGAGGACAACAGAAGCAGCAAAAAUAUGGAUGGAAGGAUCGGAAUGACAUGUAGUAUUGGAUAAGGAGUAAUACGUCCUACGUGCAUGCGUUAAACUGUUGUUUAGUUUGUGUUAUUUGUUAGUUUUAGUUUACUACACAAUGUAGGUCAGUUGACCCUACUAUUGACGAAUUAUUCUAAGCCAAAGAAGUUGAAUAUAUAAGAUUUUUAACCAAAAAUUACUUAUAAUUUAACAAAAUGGAUUAUUAACAGAUAUACAAGAAUUGUUUCAAGAUAUGCAGAUAAAAUUUACAAAAGAUUCGUUUAAAA